UACUGCUUCACUCCUCACUGUAGAAGCUUGAUUUUAGAGACGACGUGGCCUGGAGACAUUCGUUUUGCCAGCACACCCUCAGUCCCCCAGACCCAAGACGAGUGAAGGAAUGCUUCUUUCACAGCCUACAGUAGCUUUAGUGUAGGGUUAACACAAAAGGGGGUGUGGCUUCAUCCAUAACUCCCCUGGCUUAGAGCAGAACUAAAAUACUAUCAGCUCCUGCGACGCAGCCCAGCGACCUUGCGUGGUCAAACUUGAAGAUUAGGAGAUGAGGUCUCCGCUCUUUUGGCCACAAAAAAAGACCGAACACGCUCCGUGGGCUAGCCUGUGCGCGAGCUGCAGUCAGAUAAGCUCUUAUUUCAAACGCUUCGGUGACUGAAAACAGAUGCUGGUGCUCGCUGAGGACCACACGGAGGGAAACGAGGCUUCGGCGAAUGAAACCGCCAUUGACUUUCUAUUCCUGAGACGUUGCUGGAGGACGAGCUCGUUUUCUGUGAGGAGGAAUUGAAGCAGCCCCGCUGAAAAAUCACCUGCAGUGUGGACCGUCUUGAGGGGAAGGCUGUGUCUGCCUUACAUAAGAGGGCUUUGUGUUAACGGGAACGCUAAUGUCCUCAGAGAAGACGGUUCGUGAGGGAAAUUCACGCCAACAUGCCUAGAGGAAGAAAAUCUGCUUAGAGGAUGAACACAGAGGCAGUGGGAGCAAAAGUGAUGCAAGGGAAAAACAAAGGACUUACUUGUCAAGCCAGGAAUGAAGCCAUCUGAUGGGGCUGGGAAGCAAUCAAAAGAUCCAGACUGCUAUGCUGAGGUGGUCCGAUUACGAUAGAUCAAGCAGGGCUGGCUGUGAAUGACUUUCUGCUGGACUCAGAUAAUUAACAGACCUCAGUCAGCUUUGGGACCCACUGGGAGUUUUGUCUGAGCUAGUGUCAAAGGAUGCGCAUUGCUAAAUUCUGACAAAUUAGAUUGUUCCUUUUCUUUUUUUGUUUAAUACGCUGUGCUCUCAGAGUGCAGCCCCUGACUGAGGAAGGAUGAACAGCUCGCUGCAAGAUAGAAACACCUUCACCGUGAAGGCAGACAUCAUAUUUCACGCCGCCAGCCACGAUGCCUCAGAACAAUCCAUCAUUACCGAAGGAAACGAUGAUGUCAUUCCAAGGACAGGAAAAACUGUUGGUUCCGAGCGUCAGGCUCUGUGCCAGCAGACAUCCUGGGAUACAGUGGAAUCUGGGAGUCUAACGGAAACUGGCAGUUUGGGACAGCAGAGCACAGGGGUAGGAGACUACCUGCAAGAUGGUGGCUCCAGUGACAGCGGGUUUCAGGAUCACAUUCAGUCACUGGGUGGCUCUAAAGCAGAAGCACUGGACCUUAGCGUUAAGCAGAGUGACUGCUUCAGUAAGAACGGCGUAAAGGAAGAGGCGAAUGGGGCUAGAGCUGAAGUGCCCUGUAGUCUGGCUCCUUCGCAUGUCCCUGCUAUGCCACCGGACUCAAGGUCUUUGGAACAAGCACUGGGUCACUUGUUUACUUCCUCACAGGGAGCUGGUGCAACCCAAUAUAGGCCAACCUACAGACAGUCUCCACUGGAACCAGCACAAGAUGUAACACAUAGUGGAAACGGGCUCAGAAACGCCCUCUCAGUCAGAGAGGAGCCCGAUUUAGUCAUUGAAGUGGGUGGACAGAAGAUCCAAGCACACAAGUCUGUGUUAGCUGAAAAAAGUGAUUAUUUCAAGGCCAGACUUUCUCGGGACAUUUUGAAGGUGAAAGGGAUGAGUUAUAAGACGCUAUCAGUUUUGAUAGAUUAUGUUUAUUCCGCCAAAAUGAAUGUAAACAAGGACAAUGUUGUGGAUGUCAUCACAGGGGCAAAAAUCCUGCAGAUCCCCUGUGCGGUCCAGGCCGCCAUUGACACCGUGUCCAUGCAGCUCACAGCAGAGAACUGCUACGAAAUCCUUACCAUCGCCAAAAAGCAACGGUUAAGCGAACUGAAGGAGACGGCAUACCGUUUCAUGAGCGACAAUUUCCUGCAGGUCCUGCGAGACCCCGCGGUUUAUGGGCGUCUCACUGGCUCUGAGAGGGACCUUGUCCUUAGGAAUCGCAUGGAAGGACGCAGCUGCCUGAUGGUGGCAGAGAUCAAUGAUGUUUUUGACCGUGUGGGCAGCAGGCCCCCGAGCAGGAAUAACAGCCGGCCCCAGAGCCCGCUGUCCACCGCUUCUUUUGAGGACAACCACAUGAUCUACUACUACAACGAGAGCACAAAGGACUGGCGCACUUUGACCAUCAUGCCUGAGGAUAUCAACACCAAGGGCUGUGGUAUCUGCUGCAUGUACAACUACCUGUUCGUGGCAGGUGGGAUCCGAGGGUACGGGGAGAAAGGGAAGGCUUCGGACAAGGUCUUCUGCUACAACCCAAUCACGGACCGUUGGAGUGAGAUACGGCCCAUGAACCAAGCUCGGUCCCAACUCAAACUGGUCUCCAUGGACGGACACCUCUAUGCCAUUGGUGGGGAAUGUCUCUUCACGGUGGAGAAGUACGACCCUCGCAUGGACCGUUGGACCACCAUUGCUCCUCUGCCCAAAGGAGCUUUCGCAGUUGCCCAUGAGGCAACCACUUGCAACGGAGAGCUGUACGUCUCAGGAGGUUCUCUGUUCUACCGUCUCCUGAAAUACGACCCCAAGAGGGAUGAGUGGCAGGAGUGUCCGUACAACAACAGCCGGAAGAAGUCUACUGAUAUGGUGGCGCUGAAAAGCUUCAUUUACAGGUUCGACGUCAACCGCGAACAAGGCGUCAACGUGUUCAAAUACAAUACCAUCGUCAAGAUGUGGCACGACUGCGCCUCCCACCAGCAAGGGAGCCCGCUGCCUUUUAGGUGCGCUGUCAUUGGCAACUGCAUCUACUGCGUCAACAAGACCCAGACUCUCCAGUUCAUUGUGGAGGAAGACGGUGCCAGAUUUGCGGAGGAACCUCUGAAAGCUCCCAUGGAGGCCAAAGGAGUUUUGUUUCCUUUCGUUCUGAGCUUGCCAAACAGGGGUGACCGAAAUGUGUGAUAUUUUCUCGUUCAUGUGACUCACCAAGGAAAACAGCAGACAGGAAACUGUGAAGAAGCAUGAUGAAUGAUUACAAUAAAAAGCUUUAUUUCUUGUGAAGUUGCCCAGUUAAACUGCUCGAAAUAGGAAUGUUUCUCUCUGCAUGGUGGAUGGAGGUGUCCAUAGGAUCGCCUUAGACGGACAAGCCCUUCUGUUUCAGCAUUGUGGGAUAGCGACGUUACAUGUAUACAACCUCAAUGCAUUUUUCCAUUUGUUUUGUGCACUUUUUUGUACUCGGAUGGUUGAACAGGAGUUCUCUGGCAGCAAAGAAUACCCAGUGUCAUAUGAUGGCCACCAGAGCACAAUGAAAAAGCUAUAAUUGCCCCUUUGCUUAGCCACAGAUUCUAUGCAAGUAAAAUCUAAAAUAGUUGAAACAUAAUUAAGUUAUCAGAGUGCUACUAGAAAUAAUUUAAUGAUUAAAGUAGUAAAUAUAGCACAAUAACUAAGGCAGAAAACUAAACUAUUUAAAAACCUGGACCUGUGAGCGAAAGCCUUUGAAACACUUGAAACAAAGCCAUUGAACAAGGCAACGUUAGGACUAACUAGAGCAAAACGUCUGUAGGCUGUUAAAGAGCACAAAGCACUUGACUGUUCUCCGUCUUUGGCAGCAUGCAGUAAGAAUACAGACAUCACUCGGGGAAAGUUAGAAUGUAUGUAGGUAACUUUUGAAUUAGCUACUAACAAGGGCUGGAUAAACAGUGAGCCGCCAAGUUUAUUCACUAAUUCAAUUGCAAAAAUUCCUCUCAUAUUAUAGUAUAGCCUGCUGCACAAAUGCCCAUCGGGAUGAGAUGGUCAAGAGUCCCAUGUUGAGGGCAGAAGAGGAGAAAAACAGGCACAACACGAAGGGUUUAUCCCUUGUAGUGAGCAAAUAAUAACAUAAUUGAAGCAUUGCCAAAGACAAGAAGGCUGAUUGUGUGGGUCUAGGCCACUUUGAGGCAGAUCCGAGUAGGUGGUGGACAUUUCGUUCUGUCUGAAGCACUUUCUCAUAACUUUGCUGAGUUGAGAUUCCACUAUAAGGGCAAAAUCGUGACUCAUAUGAAAAUUGAUGGCUGUGAUAAGGAGUUGUUUCAAAACACUCCAGGGUUAGGCCAAAUUCACUAAAGUAGUUGGUACAGUGUCAUGCAAUGAUCAACGAUUGGAUUUUGGCAGUCUUCUUACCUAAUGACUGGUUUUUACUGGAUUUAGUAUUUGCAAUAUUACUGGAUUUGUACAACCUCAACUUGCAAUAAGAUGCUAGGGGUCGUUGGGAGACGAUAAAUGGCGUGAGUGUGCGGCUGUCAUGCAAAUGAAUGAGCAAAGUAAUCUCAGUCCCAAUCUGCUGCUGCAUUCUGUGAACUGGAAACAAAUCUGCGUCAUAAUUAGGUCAAUUACUAGGGGUGUAACGAUUCGCAAAAUUCCCAAUUUGUUCCGAUAUGAUAAGGCGUGGCUGAAAAUGUGACUUGCAUGAACAUGUUUGCAUUUUCAGUUUAUUAAGCAUUAUAAAAAUUUUUAAAUAUUUGGAACGAAAGCCGUAAUGUGUAGUGCCCUGAUGUUCUAGAAGCAAAAUAACAUGCUAGUCAUGAUGCAGUACAGCACAAUUUAAUACAGUGCAGUGUAUCGCUGUCAGAAAAGAACCUCGUAUUUCCAAUUUUGACUUUCUGACGUAAUUUGAAAAUGCCCGUUGCCCUUUAUAUGGUGUGUAAAUUUCAUGAUGAAUAGACCGAAACAAACAGCCCAAAAUGACUCGGUUCCAAGAACAUCUGGUUCCGUUUACGUACAUUAAAAGUAAAGUAGGUUUUUUGCUUUUCCUAUAAAGUUACUAUUUUGGAGAUACACCAGUGACAACAUGCUGCAGUACAGUUUGAUAUGAUGUAUUGUUACAUCCCUAGAGAUUACCAUCAUUUAAUAAGCCAGUUUGAUUUAGGCUACAUCUGUUAAUAACAUUGCAUUGUUAUUCGAAUGCUGUGAUCAGUACAUCAUGAGCUAAAGCUCUAUAACUCUCACCAUGUUCUCUACGACUGGCAUCAUUUAUGGUAGAGCUGUAAGGGAAAAUUAUUCCUUAAGACUGGAAACAUCGUCAGAAUAAUCACGAUUGCUCUUGAUCAAGGCACAAACUCUGAAUGGUUUCCUAAAGCACAGUACAAACGUCCAACCUCCAGUAUGUCCUGUUGUGAAACUUAGAAUCCUGAAUCUUUUUUUAAUUACAGAUGUAUUUUUCUUAUGCCAACAAAAUGGACUUGGACUCAGAACUUGGCUUGGAUUUGUGCUUGACGUGACUGGAUGCUUCUGGUAAGGCAUUGUGUCACUUCUCAGAGGACAAAUGUUGAUUACAUUGACCGUUUGGAUGUGAAUAGGCUGGUUUAGUGUGGUAUGCUGUUGGCUGGCUGGCUUCAUUGUAUCGCUCAGAUGUGCUGGAGUGUGAUGUUGAUGCAUUGCUGAAGUGAAUGGCUUGAUGGGUUUAGCAGGUUUAUGGCUCAGAGCUUUCUAACUGCCCGUUUCAGUUUAACAGUCUAACAUGCAUAUGUGUCAGUGCUCAAAAUAAAACAUUUUUUUUUGGGUUUGCUGGUCAUUUAAA